AUGGAAUAUCAAGGAAAGAAGAAGAACUGCUGGCAAAAAAUAGAUGGAACUAAUGGAGUUAUUGCAAUCAUCUCUUGCCUCUUAUGGGGUGGCUUAUGGGUUUUGAAGCCUACGCCACUUUACGUUCCUCCAAAUGAUUCAGGUUCAAGUUUUCCAAAGGAUGAAAAGAAUAUUCUUCCUACAGCUAUCAUGGGUGGUGUCCUUGCCGCAGUUUUCGUUGUAGUUUUCAUUGCUGCUUGGCUCUUAAGCAAAUUCUUCCCAAAGUAUUUUGCUGAUUUCAACGGAUGGACAUUCCUUUGGGCUUUUGUUGCCGCUGAAGGCAUAAGUGGUUUCACAGUUUCCAUUUUCAAGAACUACGUUGGACGCACUCGCCCAGAUCUUUACUCAAUCUGUGGAUCCCAAGAAAUCAAUCCAAGUGAUCCAAGUACAUGCCCAGGUCUUUCUGCAUCCGAGUUUAAAGAUCAGUUCAGAUCGUGGCCAUCCGGUCACUCCCAAACUGCCAUGUCCGGAUUUGUUAUCAUUGCUUUCUUCGUUCAGAGAAUCAUUAAAUCAAAGAAUCUCGUCGGAACAUUUUGCGGUUCUUUAUUCAUAAUUUUGGCCAUUUGGUGCGGUGCUACUAGAAUUCGUGAUUACAAACAUCGUCCAGAUGAUGUUUUGGCCGGAUUCUUCGUUGGCUACAUCUUCGCACAACUUGUUUGGCUCCAAAUGAUUGGCAAUGUCUUCCCAGAAGAAGAUUUAGGCCAAGAUAACAAGGAUGACAAGUCUCUUCCAGAUAAUGAAAAUCAUCAAUAUGAUUUAUAA